AUGAUGCAUCAAGAUAUGCAAAAUCCAACACUUGCCGACAUCAUCUGGUAUGAAAGACUCUCUCAUCGCGAUAAGACCGACACUCUGCCUUUGGAUAUAUCCCCAGACGCACACCCAUUUGUUCGCGCCGGGGAAGAUCAAUGCUUUUAUUGUAGUCUUUUCGGCCACCGUCAGGUCUCCUGUCCUAUGAGGGAAGCUCAUCAAAAAGGGAAGUCCCUCGCGGGCAAGAAUAUUGGACGCCAGGCGUUACCUCUUGGACAAUGGCGCCGCGUCAAGAACGGGAAAACUUAUAGUGUGGAUAUGUUGGGAUCAAAAACUCAUCCAAUCCAACCGGUAGUCACCGAUGGCCUCACCACGUCGAAUGCACCCAUCACUUUGACUUCCGUGAAUCAGCCUCCUGCUUCAUAUGUACCAGAUUUUUCAACAUCUUCUGUACAUCCGCCGUUGUCUCCUGGUUUAUCUUCCUCAGAUGAGGAGUAUCUAGCGCAAAUGAUUGCCGAUAUGGAUGCCAAUUCUGACCCUAUGGAUGAAGGGCCAGUUCAUGCCGACCGUGCCGACGACAUCAUCUUGUUGGACGAGAACGAGUGUUGUGAUAUAUAUGGCGACUCAAUGGCCAUCGAAGUUGCACCUAUUGCACGUCCAGUACCCAACACACAAGAUGUGAACAUGUUAGUUGACGACUGUACCGUGAUACCAGAAGAUGAUGGGCCGCCAGUAGCUACCAGCAUCCUCUCAGUAAGAAAUCAACUCACUUUUGGAGGUCGCAUGCGGGUGUUACAUGGUGGUGGUGAGUCCUCACCGCUUCAUCUUCAAUCUUUUUUGAUUGCUAACACCCAGCUUUGA